AUGCGGUUACGAGUUCGUGGACCCUCGGGUCAGUCAACGGUCACUCUGGACGACUCGGCCACCGUCCAGGACCUCCGAGGACAGAUCGCGGAGAAGACUGGCAUCACCUCUUUCGAUGCCAAGUACGGAUACCCCGACCUCAAGCCGUUGAACCUCGACCAUUUGCGACCAGAUCAACUCUUAGCCGACAUUGCGAGCCCCCCCCUCAACCAGCCUGCGGGCUCUGCCUCCCACCAACCGCCGCCGCAGCAAUCGCAGUCGUCGAUGCCAUCACAGCCAGAGAGUAGCGCCGAUGAUCCACCUGAGAUCGCCUCCCCCGAACACGGCGGCACCUUUGUGCUCCGUGUCAUGCCUGACGACAACUCAUGUCUCUUCCGUGCAGUAGGCGCCGCUGUCAUGGGCGAUAUGGACACCAUGGUCGAGCUGCGAUCGAUUGUUGCGGGAGCCAUUCAAGCGAACCCGACCGAAUAUACCGCGGCUAUCCUAGGGAAGAAGCCCGAUGACUACUGCCAAUGGAUUCAGAACGAGGACUCGUGGGGCGGAGCCAUCGAGCUCAAGAUUAUAAGCGAGUACUUCAACAUCGAGAUCUGCUCCCUUGAUGUCCAGACGCUCCAUAUGUUCCAGUUUAAUGAGGGUGCCCCGACUCGGUGUAUAGUUGUAUAUUCGGGGAUUCACUACGAUGUCCUCGCGCUCUGCCCGUCAGAUCCACCUUAUACACAUGCCAACCUGUUUGGACCGAGUGACUCAAAGAUCUUUGAUGCUGCCGAUCCAGUGGUCUUAGAGAAGGCCAAGGAGAUGGGCCGUGCCUUGCAAAGUAGGCACUAUUAUACCGACACUUCUGGGUUCUUGGUUCGCUGCAAUACCUGCGGAGGCACCUUCACCGGAGAGAAAGGGGCCACCAAGCAUGCAGCGGAAACGGGCCAUUACGAUUUUGGAGAAGCGGCUUAG